AUGUCUUGGCUACGCAACCGCUUCUCCAAGGCUCAUCGCAGCCGCAAGGAGUCGUCGUCGUCGUCGUCGCAUCAGAUCCAGCUCAGGGGGCCGGAGAAGCAGGAGCCCGGUAGCCCGACGCCCGCCAACGAGACGUUAUUCCAGGGCUUCGAGUGGCACACGCCAGGCGGCCACUGGACCCGCCUAUCUGCAACGCUGCAGACUUAUGCCGAUCUGGGCAUAACCUCAAUAUGGCUGCCGCCCGGCUGCAAAGCAAACCAGCCCGACGGUAACGGCUACGAUUGUUACGACCUCUGGGACCUCGGCGAGUUCGACCAGAAGGGCGCCAGGUCCACGAAAUGGGGUUCGCGCGAGGAGCUGCGCCAUCUCAUGGACAAGGCCAAGGACCUGGGCAUCGGCGUCAUCUGGGAUGCCGUUCUCAGCCACAAAACGGCCGGCGACAGCACCGAGGAGUGCUGGGCGGUUGAGGUUGACCCCGAAGACCGAAGAAUCGAGACGACCAAGCCCAAAAAAAUCGAGCCAUGGAUCCACUACUCAUUCCCGGGACGAGGCGACAAGUACAGCAGCAUGAAAUGGCACUGGCAGCAGUUCAACGGCACCGACUGGGACCAGCGGGCGGAGCGGCACGCAAUCUUCAAGAUCAUCGACCCGCCUGACGCCAAAGGCAAGCGCCCGCCGAAGGGGCAUCGCAAGGACUGGGCGCCCGACGUCGACGACGAGCUGGGCAACUACGACUACCUGAUGUUCACCAACAUCGACUACUCCAACGCCGAGGCGCGGCGCGACGUGCUGGACUGGGGCGCGUGGAUGGUGUCGCCCGAGGUCGGCGUGGCCGGCUUCCGCCUCGACGCCUUCAAGCACGUGUCCUGGCACUUCGCGCGCGACUGGACCGCGCACGUCAAGGCCGCCGCCACGGACAAGGACGUCUUCGUCGUCGGCGAGUACUGGUCGGGCAACGUGCAGACGCUGAUCAAAUGGGUCGACCGCGUCGGGCCCGGCGCCCACGCCUACGACGCGCCGCUGCUCAACAACCUCUCGGCGCUCUCCCUCGCGGCCAGCAGGCGGCCCUCGUCGCUCACCCCGCCGCCCGUCAUCGACAUGCGCCACCAGCUGUUCCGCGACGCGCUCGUCAGCGCGCGCCCGCGCAACGCCGUCACCAUGGUCACGUCGCACGACACGUGGCAGGGCCAGAUGCUGGAGACGCCCGUCGCGCCGUGGUUCAAGCCGCUCGCCUACGCCCUCGUCCUGCUGCGCCGCGACGGCCUGCCCUGCGUCUUCUACGGCGACCUGCACGGCGUGCGCGGGCCCUUCGCCGCCCCGCCCUCGUGCGCCGGGAAGCUGCCGCUCCUGAUGCUGCUGCGCCGCUGCGCCGCGUAUGGCGUGCAGACGGACUACUUCGACGCGAGGACCAGCGCCGGCUGGGUGCGGCACGGGACGUGGGAUCGGCCGGACGGCUGCGUCGUGGUCAUGAGCGUGGCGGGGGCGGCGAAGAAGGGCAUGUAUGUGGGCAAGUGGGCGGCGGGGCAGACGUUUGUGGAUGUGUUUGGGAAAGUCGAGGAGAAGGUGGUGUUGGAUGAGAGGGGGUGCGGGACGUUUGGAUGCGCCCCGAGGAGUGUGAGUGUGUGGGUGAGAGAAGGGAGUCUGCCGAAGGAGCUGUGGGAGGGAGCGGCCCGGCCAGAGAAAUACAAGUUAUAG